AUGCAGCCGAGCCGCGGCGACGUGGCGACGAAUGAUUACGAGGUGCCGGCCAACUUCACCGUCGGCGCGCUGUGCCUCGCCGUCGAGAAGGGCGACCCUCACUUCACGGGCGCCGACGGGUCGCACUUCGACUUCUCCGGUCUCCCCAACCACCAUUUCGCGCUCAUCUCCGACGCGCACUUCCAGGUCAACGGCUACUUCGGCGGUCGAUUCGACAAGUGGGGCAACACCACCAAGGCGCUGACGUGGAUCCGCUCCCUCGGGAUCAUGUUCGGCCAUCACACCGCCGUGCUUCACGCCCGAAACGGCUCCUCAGCCGACUACGGAAACGGCUACCUGGGCCGCGUGACGGUCAACGACCGGCCGGUUAGGGUACCGGCGCCGGGGACGAGCGUUAAUCUCUGGCCGGGCGCGUCGCUGCGGUGGGUCGAGGCGCGGCUUCGGAGCGGGGACGACCUUGUCGACGUGUACGACCUGCUUAUAACGGAUAUGGGCACGCUGCGGCUGACGCUGCGACCCGAGGUGAAGAACCUGCGAACGGGCGACGACGGCGUGGUGCACUUCGGUAUCGACGUUCUAGGCACCACGUUCUCAACGGCUGUGCACGGCGUGUUGGGUCAGACGUUCCGCCCCGACUUCCACGGACGACUCGCGAACCAGGAGCUCAAGUACAACCCGCUGCUGCGCGCCAAUGCCGUGCCGGGCGACAACGCGGAGGGCUUUAUUGACGGCAGCGUGGAGGACUAUCUCGUGUCGGACCUCCUUAAAGCGGACUGCCGCUUCUGCCGCUUCUCGCGCUCCCCCGAGGUUGACUCAGAGCUCGCGCACGCACUCUCGCUCCUGCGCGUGAAGCUGCCCAGGAAGUUCUUCCCCCAGCCGUGGUUCGGGCGGAAAGGGAAGGGCAAGGGGAAGAGUAAGGGGAAGAAGGCGGGGAGCAAGCGGAGUGGCGGGAGGAAGGGCGGACUGAAGAACUGGUUGAGGAAGAAGGCGUCAGGUGUGGGGAGCGGUGCAGAGGGGGGGAAGAGGGGCAGUGUGAAGAGUAAAAUUGCGAGGCUUUUCGGGAGGAGAACGGAGUCGUUGUGA